GUGGGGGGAGGCGGGCCGUUGCGUUGCCGGCGCCGACCGGAUGAGGCUUCAGCUCAGCGCCGGGAACUCAGGGUUUAGGAGCCGUUGCUGUGGACGGAGAGAUGGGAACGUGAGCGGCCACUGAGGGCGGCCAGGAUGCCGGUGAGCUCCCCCAUCUGCUCGGUGUGCAGGCUGAGCUUCGGUGGAUGACCACAUGACGGGGCACAACAAGGAGAAGCGUUAUGAGUGCGACAUGUGUGUCAAGGCCUGUCAGCACCGAGCGAACUGCUGAUCCACCGGCGGGUGCAAACGGGAGAACGUCUCUUCGACUGUUCGGAGUGUGGCAAGAAAUUCACCCAAUUCUCCAACCUGCUGCAGCACAACCUCAUGCACUCCGGCGAGCGGCCCCUCACCUCCUCCGACUGCGGCAAGAGCUUCAAGAGGACCACUCAGCUGAAGAUCCGCCGGCAAGUGCACACGGUCGAGAAGUCCUGUGGCUGCUCCACCUGCGGCAAGAGCUUUACCCAGCUGACAGGGCGACGUCAGCAUCGGCGGGUGCACAGCAGUGAGAGGCCCUUCACCUGCUACAACUGCCUUCAUGUCGUCGCUGGACUGAAGAUGCACAGGUGCCUGCACACCAGUGAGCGGCCCUGCACCUGCAGCGACUGCGGCAAGAGCUUCACCUGCUCCAGCAGGCUGCUGGAGCACCAGCGCACCAACACCGGCGAGCGCCCCUGCGCCCAGUGCGGCAUGGGCUUCACCACUCCUCCAGGCUGCUGUCCCACCAUCAUACAUAUUAACAGCGGCUGCUCCCUCUGUUUCAAGAACGCACGGGGGCUGCGGGAGGACCAACGAUAUACAGACCAUGAUGGAGAAGGUGACGGGGACAUAGCGGCCAUUGAUGGCAACCAGGGUGCCAGUUAACGCACCCCCCCCCCCCCCCCACCUGCUCCGUGUGCAGGAUGAGCUUUGAGGGGCUGAGCUUCGAUGGAGGACCACAUGACGGGGCACAACACGCAGAAGCGUUAUGAGAGCGACGUUUGUGGCAAGGCCUGGCAGCACCUGAGCCAGCUGGAGAUCCACCGGCGGGUGCACACGGGAGUGUGACAAGAACUUCACCCUAUACGAGACCCUGGUACGGCACAACCACUUGCACUCCAGCGAGUCACCCUUCGGCUGCUCAGACUGCGGCAAGAGCUUCACCCGCUCCAACAACCUGCUGGAGCACCAGCGCACCCACACCGGUGAGCACCGCUUCACCCGUGCCCAGCAUGGCAAGGGCUUCACCCACUCCUCCAAGCUGCUGUCCCACCAGCAGGUACACACUGGCGACCGUCCCUGCUCCGACUGUAGCAAGAACUUCAACACAGCAUAUGAACUGAAGGCCCACCGGCGAUUCGUCGAGGCUGCGGGUGCACUGGUGGUGUGGAAGAAAAAAUUAUAUCCUUCCUGACUUGAUUUUGACUGGAAUUGAACAAGGAAAUUAAAGGGUGUUUGGAUGUGA